GUGACCAGAGGGUUUUACACCGACGUCAGAGAAACAGAGCUGGUGCCGACUAAUGACCCUCACCGUGCUGCUGCACCUAAACUCUCCGUCUUACCUUUUCUGAGACAUCUUUCCAACAACAUUUCCUCUCGUCUUCAAGUUCCCCCUCGCUGCUGUCUGACAGAAACGUCACAGGAAUGUAAACUGUGUUGUGAAUGCUCAGGGAACCGUAGUGUUGUUCCUAAUGAUGUUACCCCGCGCGCAUUAACUGAGUACAUGGCUAACGUUAAUGCAACAAACAUGUCGUCCCGCUGAGAAAACUACUGCUGCUGUCCUGCGUUCAAGUUUUCAGGUGUGGUGGUGAGCCAAUGGAGAAGCCAUUGUCUUCAGGCAGAGCAGCGCUGGAGGAGAGAAGAGGCCUGGUGGAGGAUGGUGCAGUGCUGAGAGGUGCUGAGGGUGGAGAGGCGAAUCCUCAGACCCCGAGGAAGAGCAGCUCCUCUCGCUCCUCCCGCAAGAGCUUCCGCUUGGACUACCGGCUGGAGGAGGAAGUUACAAAGUCCUGUCGGGACAAACAUGGCCGCUGGACCAACCCCUGGCCCACAUGGCGGUUCCCUUCCUACACCACCCUGCUCAGAUUCCUGCUGUUGGACAAAAAUAACAGCAACAUACCAACUAGUAAAGAGGCUCUGGACAGUGAGCUCCCAGUGAUGGAACCGUACUUUGUCAAGAACCCAGACCUCUCUGAAUCUGGUCCGGGUCUGAGAGUCACCUGGCUGGGUCACGCCACAGUUCUGGUUGAAAUGGACGGGGUGAAUAUUCUGACAGACCCAAUUUUCAGCCAGAGAGCCUCACCAUUCCAGUUCAUGGGGCCCAAAAGAUACAGAGGGCCCCCCUGCACUGUGGAACAGCUGCCCAGGAUUGAUGCAGUCGUCAUCAGUCAUUCUCAUUACGACCAUCUGGAUACUGGAUCAGUGGCCAGCCUUAAUGAACGCUUUGGAGGGGAACUACGCUGGUUCGUGCCCCUGGGUUUGAUGGACUGGCUGGUGAAGAUGGGCUGUGAGAAUGUAAUGGAGCUGGAUUGGUGGGAGGAGAACUGUGUGCCAGGUCAUGAUGAUGUCACAUUUGUGUGCACACCCUCUCAGCACUGGAGCAAACGCACCGCACUGGACGAUAACAAGUCUUUGUGGGGCAGCUGGUCUAUUUUGGGUCCCGAUCAUCGCUUCUUCUUCGCUGGUGAUACCGGCUACUGCUCUUCCUUCCAGGAGAUCGGACGACGCUUCGGGCCGUUUGACCUCGCUGCAAUCCCCAUCGGAGCUUACCUGCCCAGGGACAUGAUGCAGGGGCAGCAUGUAGAUCCAGAAGAGGCUGUCCUGAUCCACCAAGACCUUCAGGCCAAACAGUCGGUGGCCAUUCACUGGGGAACCUUCGCGCUCGCCUACGAGUACUACCUGGAGCCGCCGGUCCGUCUCAGAGACGCCCUGGAGCAGAAAGGACUGAAGCCAGAGGUCUUCUUCACUCUGCAUCACGGGGAGUCUCGCCUUAUAGCGUCACAGGACGGAGAUGUCUUUGACUGAUCCUGUCUGCAGCGCGUCUGUAACAAAGAGCAGAACAUUUUGUUUCUUACUCUGACGGACUUCAGUAAUUAAAGUUUGAAAUGCAUAUUAUGUAUGCAGAUUAAAAUGUUCCACAGUGCUGUUUACAUACUGAAUGUCUGUGCCGUGCCAUUAUCUCAUGGUGGGCAGUACUACCUACAGGAGCUGUCACUUAACUGUAAAAUAAAAUGUGUAAUUCUUUCAGGCAAAAAUCAGCUCCUUGUAAGAAACAUUUAAAUAUGCAGCUCAAGUCACUAAUAACAUUUGUAUCAGUGUAACACAAAACAGUACAGGUCAACUUUUUUUUUAGUUCUAUAGAGCAGUGGUCCAGCCUUUCUCCUCAAGGGACCUCUUUUCUGUUAGCGAGUAAAUUGACGACCCCUGACCGAGUGACAUGUUACGGGUAUUUCAUACUAUAUUCAGUUCAUAGCAUUAAUAGUACAGAACAACUGAAACUGCACAAGUAACCCACGUAGUGAACACAGCAACGACAGGAAGUGAUUUGGGUGAAUAUUCAGCAGAUCAUUUCCUGUGAAAGUACAUUUCUGAUUCAGUGUUUUCUCCCUGAUGCUUGGCCAUUGUUCCGUCAGCUCUUCUGUUGUUUUAAAUGCUUCUUUUGUAAUUAGGACAAGGCUGUUUCGCAGAGAGAGAAGGCUCUGUCAAUACAGUGUGUGUUCAGGUCUUCGCUGUGCCCUUAUCCUGUCAGAUUCUUUUUUUAAAAUCUGUAGCACUUGCAGGCAACAAACUAAAAGAAGUUGAAGCUGGGCCUGGUUAACUUUUCUGACACGCCAACAAGGGAUUCAGUGAGAUCCAGAAAUAGGUGAAAUAAAUUUAUAAAUGAAGAGUAAUCAACUUAUUAUAACGUGCCCAAACUUCGAAUCAAAAUGAUCACAGCCAACAAAGAAAAGUGUGGUCAACAACAAAUAUGGCGGCCCACUCAUAGUAAUUAAUCUGUUUUGUUUUGAUUUACAUAAACUCCCUGAUACAUUUUGUAGUACAUUUUUAUCAUUUUUAUUUAAUUCUCUUUCUGUAUUAUGGUUUUUUUUUGUUUGUUUGGACAGAUUCAAUGUUUUCUUCUCCCUGAUGCUUGGCCAUUGUUCUAUCAGCUCUUUGGUUGUUUUAACUGCUGCUUUUCUGAUGCAGGACAAGGCUGUUUCGCAGAGAGAGAAGACUGUGAAUAUAACUUGUGUUCAGGUCCUCACUGUGCACUUAAACCAUCAGAUUCUUUUUAAAAUUUAUAUCUUAAAUACUCUAAUUUCAAAAUAUGCAGUCAGCCUAUAUCUCAGCAUUUCCUUCACCGGUGAUAAAACUAAAUGAUUUUAAAGUUCAGAUUAUUGUACGAUAUUAUACGUUAGGAGUUUAAUCUGACAGGACAAGGGCACAGUGAAGACCUGAAAACAAGUUAUAUACACAAAGCCUUUUAUGUCUGCUAAACAGCCUCGUCCUGCAUCAGGAAAGUAACAGUUAAAACAAGCAAAGAUCUAAUUGAACAUGGAUGAAGUGUCAGAAAGAAGAAAACCCCAAAUUUGUCAAAAAAGAAGCCUGUUAGAUAUGUAUGAUUGUUUAAAAUAAAUACACAAUACAGAGGAUUGUUUAUAAAGUUCCUAAAAAUAUGAGGAAAAUUCAUCUGAUGCAGUUAUCACAUUCACUAUUUGGGUUAAUUGUACAAUAUACUGUUAUUAUCAUGCACUGAAUAUAUGAAAUAUCCAUAACGUGUCACCUAGUCAGAGGUGUUUUCCAUCAUUCACUGUACUCAGUCAUAGAAACAGCAUCCCUUAAAGGAAAAAGGUUUGGAUCCACUGCCACAGAGUAAAGUACCAGUUUUACAUUCAGUCGUAUUUUAAGACCUUUGCAGCUAAAUUUUGUUUCCAUGAAGUGAAAACUUGAAUUCUUGUGUGCAUUCAUGUCAGGAGAGUUUCUGUGGUCUGCACACUGCUUCAGAAAGCUUUCAGCUCUGAGGAGAAAAGAUUUCCGGCGGAAACAAAAUCCCAGACCGGAGGAAGAACUAAAAAUCAACCACUAAAAAAAGACAUCUGCAUGCUUAUGGCAUAAACUCUCUGGUCAAGAGGCCAAAAUGUGACCAGAAUUCUAGUCAACAGAGCUCUUAAAUGGUGAUUAUAAUGUAGGUGAAGUGUGUGUGUAGGGAAACACAGACCUUCAGUAUGAAGCUGGACUGGUGAUGGUGUGCUGCAGCUUCAUGAUGACACACAGCUGGACUCCUGUAAGCUGGAAUUGAACAGAAAAACUAUUAGAAAGUUCAGAGUAGUGAUAUUUAAAGAUUGGUGCUAGCUAAUACACAAAGGUACUGUUUCUCUGAAUGUACUCUGGCCAACCCAAAACUACACGACAUGCACAGGUGUCUGUGAUAUUAACCCACAACCACUGACUGCUAUUAGGAAGUGCUGCUGUGACAUGCAGGCACAAGCUGAGCUGGGUUCAGCUUCAUGCUCUGCAGACACUGCAGCGCUCCUGCGUCAGACGUUUGGUGUUUGAUGCUCUGAAACCACAGCACCAAGACAAAGUGCUUUCUCUUUCUGCUUAUCAGUGUGAUCUUUCACAUUUUCACUGCUGAGAACCUAAAACAGAUGGAUUUGCUUCAGAGGGCGACAGUAUAUUAACUUUUAGUACCCAAUUUUAUUUUUUUAUGUUAUGUUUUUAAUGCUGAAUCUCUAAAGCCUGAAUGUACGACAGUUGAAAGCACAAUGUUGAGUUAACUGCGAGGCCAAACUGUGGCUCACACUUGAUCCUUGUCACUGAAUCACCCAUUAAAUGUAACUGGCAUUUCAAAUUUGUUUGUGUCUUGUUGUCUACAGCAAUUUAGAGUGGGACUUAGAAACUUAAGAAAGUGCCUUGCUGCUUUAAAAUCCUGUUAGUGCACUACUCUAACAGUAUUUGACUCAUACACACCCAACACUUGUAGAAAGAAGUACAAAUACUGCAGGUUAUUUUUGUUACUGAGGUAUUGAAUGGUCCCCUACCCUAAAAGAAUCCUUAGUAUGACUGUAAAGAACAUUAAAUUUACUUUAAAGCGAGGACAUUGCAGCCACAGUGUAAAAUUUCAAAGUUAGUAACUCUGGCGCCCUCAAGUGGCGGUAUCAAGAAAGGCAGACUUUUUUUUGUAAAUCCAAUCAGAUUCAGCUAAAUGAGGAUUUUACAUAGAACAAUUAUUCUGUUCUUUAGAUCCUGCAUUUUCACUAGCGUUAGUUAUUUAAACAGUUUCUCAUACUGUACAUAAUACGUUAUGUCACUGGGCUCAUGUGUUGUUUUAACACU